CUUGGCUGCAUUGGCCCAGUAUUUACCUGACUCCUAUAGGAAAAAGAGGCGCUUGGCCCGAUCUCUUUUGUGCCCUAGCAGCUCGCCUCUCGUCUCCCUCGUUUCCUUUCCCCGGAACUCCCCAAUUCGGGCGCUCGAUUCCUGGCUUCGCCUCGAGCCGAUCUCACCUGUUGUUGAGGCAUGACGGCUUGCAAGCAGACCGCAUCCACGGGCACCGAUGUAACCAUGGACGAGGCCGACAGCAAAUCGUCAGCAAAGAGAGAUGGACCGGAGGAGCGGAAGCCCUGGACCAAGUGCAGGAAGGGGAAGAAGGUCAAGGGCAAGUUGGCGGUGAAGAGCAAUGGAGCGGAGAAGCCCAAGACCCACGACCUUUCCGAUGUUGCACGCGGGUUGGCGGCGAUGAGCACUGCAGAGGAUGAAAAGCUCGGCCUGGUCACCUACCAGAACCACUUCUGGAUGAAGUACUUCAAAGACAUCUGUGACAGGCCAUCCGUAGAUGCUAUUAGAAAAAAAGCCGCUGAAAUUUGGAAAUCCUUUAACGCUUCGGCUAAGGCCCCUCAUGUAGCCAAGGGCCGUGUGACCAAAAUAGCCCUGGCUCGGAUUGAUGAGUUCUAUAAGACACUGGAGUUGGCGGAGAAUAAGAUGAUGAAUCUGAACAUGUGACCGCACAAGAUUUCUAAGAUGUGUUUGAAUAGGUGGGCAUGCUAUUGGAAUUGGUCUUGGUGGCCUUGUAGAUGGCAAGGAAGAAGGAACUAAACUUAGUACUCCUUCCGUUCCAAAAUAAGUGUUGUGGUUUUGAACUGAAACCACAGCAAUUAUUUUGGAACAAACCACGACAGUUAUUUUGGAACGGAGGGAGUACCGAUUAAUUUUGACGUGUUUCUGUUCUGUUGAACAAAACAACGCUCUUUUACUAUUGCAUAUAUCUUGUGUCGAUAAUAUCAUCCUUCGAACUCCACCACACAUCACUGAUAAAGGAGUUUCAUCUGCUUUUGACAUUUAUUUGUUGUUAACUGCCAUGUUAUUAGACUACAUAUGAGAAAGGCAAACUCUUUAAAAAUGUAACUGAUUGUUUGCACUGGAGUAUGGAACAUGAUGCCAGACUCAAUGCAACUUUGUUUGCUUGCA